AUGGCAAAUCUUGUUCCUGGGGUUCUUCUCAAGCUUAUGCAGCACAUGAACACUGACGUAAAAGUUUCUGGUGAACACAGGUCGUCUUUGUUGCAAGUUGUGAGCAUUGUUCCAGCACUUGCAGGGGGUGAUCUGUUCCCAAAUCAAGGCUUUUAUCUCAAGGUUUCUGAUUCCUCACAUGCCACCUAUGUCUCUCUCCCUGAUGAACACGAUGAUCUCAUCCUCAGUGACAAGAUUCAACUGGGUCAGUAUGUUUUUGUUGAUCGGUUGGAGGCAGCUUCACCGGUUCCUAUUCUUCAUGGUGUUAGGCCUGUACCUGGGAGACACGCUUGUGUUGGAACCCCUGAGGACAUUGUUGCAACUCACUCACUUGGGUUCCUUAGUAAUGCUAACGUUAACAAGAACAGUGUUUGUUCAAAGUCUCCUAGGAAAGUGUUGGACAAUCAUCAUGUUGGGGAGAAGGAGAAGAAGGAGAAAGUAGGAUUAAAUGCUGGUGGUGUUAAUGAAGAGCAAUUAGACAAGAAACCAGUGGUUUUUGCUAGAUGUAAACCUCAGACAAGAAAAUCAGCACUCAAUGUUGAUGAUGUGAAGAAGGAACCAUUGGUAAGAUUAAAGUCCUUGAAUUCACGGUCUAUUCCUUCUUCCCCAAGUAGUUGCUAUUCAUUGCCUACUUCUUUUGAGAAAUUUGCCAAUGGGGUAAAGCAGCAAGUAAAUAUCAAGGGAGUGGAAAAGCUAACUGUUAAGGUGGGAGUGGUGGAGACAGGAAAGGGUGUCCGUGGUGUUAGUCCCACUGGGAAGAGGAUUGCAGUGGGAAACCCUAUCAGAAAUUUGGUUCAUGGCAUUGAGCUUGGGGCUAAGGCUCUGCGUAAGAGCUGGGAAGGGAGUAUGGAAGUCAAGAAUAAAGAGACAUCCAAAGUAAGGACGACAAAGUUUGAUCCUAAGCCUGAAGUUCGUAGCUCAACUCCUAGGAGAAGUACUUCAAGUGAAAAGUUGUCCUCUAAAGAGGAGAGCAAGGUACAGGCUCCAACAAAGUCCUCAAAGGAAGAGCACAGGACUCAAACAUCUAUUAAAAAAGUUUUUGCUAAUGGGACUAUGGAAGAACAAGAAAAGUCAAAUAAGCAAAGAAUUUCUGUUGGAAAGAAAUCAUCAGAAGUUUGCAACACUGGACUCCCUGGAAACUUGGUUAAAGUUUCUCCAAAUAGUAGAAAAGUGACAGAUGCAAGUGUCCAAUGGGCUUCACUCCCAUCAUCUAUUGCAAAGCUUGGGAAGGAAGUAAUGAAGCACAGAGAUGUAGCACAGAUGGCAGCAACUGAGGCUAUACAAGAGGCUGCCGCUGCUGAGAGUUUGCUGCAAUGUCUAAGUGUAUAUGCGGAGCUAAGUAAUUCUUCCAAGGAACAAAACCCGCAGCCUGCAGUAGAGCAGUUUUUAACUCUUCAUGCUAGCCUGAAUAGUCUGCAGGCAAUUGCUGACUCCUUAUCUAAACCCAUUCCAGAUGGUUCAUCUCCAGAUAAUGAAAGAAGCACAACUGAAGAAGCACUGAAAAUAAAAUCAGAUAGACAAAAGCUUGCAGCUUCUUGGGUCCAGGCAGCCUUAGCCACCAAUCUAUCAUCCUUUUCUGUUUUUACCCGAGAACCUCUAUCAUCCAGGCUUCCAGUGUCAAGUAAUUCUCAAAACCAAAAAAAUAUCCUGGGAAAUAAACCAAUGCUAGUCCUUGAAAAUUCAAGUCAAGAUGCUUCAUCAAAAUCUCAUGGAAAAACACGUCAGACGGCUAAUUCCAAGCAUGCCUUACAAGGGACUCCUCGCAAAUCAGGUGAUGGGUUAGCAAAUGGGCAUAAGCAGCUAGUCCAACCACUUCCCCAGUGGGUUAAAGGAAAUGGCCUUGAUGAGUUGGUUAGUUUGGCUGACAUGAUGCAAUUGCGGUCCCGGGACUGGUUUUUGGGAUUUGUUGAGAGAUUCUUGGACAGUGAUGGAGACACUAGCUUGUCAAAUAAUGGCCAAAUAGCAGGUAUGCUCACUCAACUUAAAAGUGUAAACGAUUGGUUGGAUGAGAUAGGUUCUAACAAGAAUGAAGGAGAAUCAUGCCAGACACCAGCAGAUACAAUUGACCGGCUGAGGAAGAAGAUAUAUGAAUAUCUUCUCACACAUGUUGAAUCUGCUGCUGCUGCACUCAGUAGUGGAUCACAAUCAUCACCUAGGAUCCAAAUAACAGAGAUUAAAGCCAAAAGGUGAUAAGUACAUAGUUUAGGAGGAAACUUGGUCACCAAAAGUUGUCCAAGGAGCUAGGUAUCCCCUCCCUUCACACACCCUGAAAACAUAAUCCUCCUCUUCCAUUGAUCUUUUUGUACAUAAAUCCUACAUGGGUUUGAGGUGUAGAUGGAGUGCUAGUUAUUUAUCU